AUGGAGAUGAGCAUGGAGCUGUCUGCUCAUCUCAACCAGGAAGUUGAUGAAUGCAUCAUUCAGGAGCAAGACCAAUUCAUGACAAAUAUGGUCGAAAUCAUGCACAUGAGCCUUCCUCCCCAUACUAAGAUAUCAGAUAAAGCCAAACAGACCAUGAAAGAAUGUGUCUCUGAGUUCAUAUGCUUUGUAACAUGCGCAGCCUAUGAUCAUUGCCAGCGUGAGCAACGCAACACUAUUACUGCUAAAGACGUGCUUUGGGUCGCGAGCAAGUUUGGUUUUGAUGACUAUAUGGAACCAUUGACUUUGUACUUGCAUAGUUAUCCUAAGGAUGAUGGUGGUGAGCCUGGAUCUCGAAGAAGGGAGACUUUGUUGAAGCGUCCAAUGGUUGAUCAAGCUCCAAGCUGCAACAUCAUGCCCUAUCACCUGCCUCCUAAUUUUCCUGUGGCUCAUCACCACUUUGUGUAUCCACCAUUGAUGAGAAAUGGUGAUAUGAAGGGGGAUGCAUCAACUGGAAGCACUUCUCACUGUGUAAUGGCUUUAGUGGAUAGUGAAGUUGAGUCUCCUGCGGAGGAGGAAAAUGAGUGAUAAAUUUCUCUAUUGAAGGAAUUAAGUUGUUGUUGAAACUUCAAGAGCAGUGAAGAAAGUAGACUAUCUUUUCUAUGUUACCUAAUUUGUGACUUAUUCACAAUCUAGGAUAGUUCUUAUUUUUAAAGUUUAAGAAUGUGUAACUAAG